AGAAAGAAAUAGAAAAAAAGGAUUUUUCACAGGGAAAGGCCAAGAAAGGACGCAAACAAAUUGAAGAAAAGGAGUAGCAGCUAUGUGCCAGUGGCGGCACCAAUUGACGACUGGGUGUUGGCUUCUUCAGACUGCAAAAAGCGGGAGUAGGAUGAUGGAAUACUUAGGGCUUGGCUCCUUAGGCGGUUGCCGAUGGAUGUCCUGUCUAAUAUGGCUGGGGCUGCUGUUGCUGCAGGCAUGUCCGUCCGCCGUGUCGGCUCAGAAACUCGACGAAAACGACCCGGUAGUCACCACCGUCAAUGGCAGGCUGCGCGGCGUCAAGAAGGAGCUCAACAAUGAGAUCCUGGGUCCUGUUGUGCAGUUUCUGGGCGUCCCUUAUGCUGCCCCUCCGACAGGCGAACGCCGCUUUCAACCACCUGAGCCACCGGCGUCCUGGCCGGAGAUCCGAAAUGCCACACACUUUGCCCCGGUGUGCCCUCAGAGCAUUAUGGAGGGCCGCCUGCCGGACGUGAUGCUGCCAGUGUGGUUCACUAACAGCAUCGAUGUAGUGUCCACUUACGUCCAGGACCAGAGCGAGGACUGCCUCUAUCUUAACAUCUACGUCCCCACGGAGGAUGUCAAAAGAAUAUCCAAGGAAUGUGCCAGGAAACCGGGCAAGAAAAUAUGUAGACAAGGAGGUCCCCUUACAAAGAAACACACUGAUGAUUUAAGUGAUAGUGACCGCACGGACGACGAAGACAUCAGGGAGAGUGGAAGCCCCAAGCCGGUGAUGGUUUUCAUCCACGGGGGCUCCUAUAUGGAAGGAACUGGGAAUAUGUUUGACGGCAGCAUUCUGGCCAGCUAUGGGAAUGUGAUUGUGAUAACGGUCAACUACCGGCUGGGCGUCCUAGGGUUCUUGAGUACAGGUGACCAGGCAGCGAAAGGGAAUUACGGUUUGUUGGACCUGAUCCAGGCUCUGCGUUGGACCAGUGAGAAUAUUGCAGCCUUCGGCGGCGACCCGUUACGUAUCACUGUGUUCGGCUCUGGCGCCGGAGCUUCGUGUGUCAACCUACUCACUCUGUCUCACUACUCGGAGGGCAACCGCUGGAGCAACUCCACUAAAGGUCUGUUCCAGAGGGCGAUUGCUCAGAGUGGCACAGCUCUGUCCAGCUGGGCUGUCAGUUUUCAACCGGCCAAAUAUGCCCGGAUGCUGGCCCGAAAGGUCGGCUGUAACCUAGAGGACACUGUGGAGCUUGUGGCGUGCCUUCAGAGAAAACACUACAAGGAGCUUGUGGAUCAGGACAUACAGCCAGCCCGUUACCACAUCGCCUUUGGGCCUGUUAUUGAUGGGGAUGUUAUACCAGAUGACCCUCAGAUUCUCAUGGAGCAAGGUGAAUUCCUCAACUAUGACAUCAUGCUAGGAGUAAACCAGGGCGAGGGACUUAAGUUUGUGGAGCUCAUUGUGGAUAAUGAAAAUGGCGUCCAGGCAAACGACUUUGACUAUGCCGUGUCCAGCUUUGUGGAUGACCUCUACGGCUACCCAGAGGGCAAAGACAUCCUCCGAGAGACCAUCAAGUUCAUGUACACAGAUUGGGCUGACAGGCACAACCCAGAGACCCGCAGGAAGACACUGCUGGCACUUUUUACUGAUCACCAGUGGGUAGCACCGGCAGUUGCAACAGCUGACCUGCACUCCAGCUUUGGAUCCCCGACGUACUUCUAUGCCUUCUAUCACCACUGCCAAACAGAGCAGGUUCCACCGUGGGCGGAUGCAGCACACGGAGAUGAAAUCCCAUAUGUGUUCGGCCUUCCCAUGAUUGGACCAACAGAGCUGUUUCCCUGUAACUUCUCCAAGAAUGAUGUGAUGCUCAGCGCCGUGGUCAUGACCUACUGGACUAACUUUGCCAAAACAGGGGAUCCUAACCAGCCGGUACCUCAAGACACCAAAUUUAUCCACACCAAGCCCAAUCGCUUUGAGGAAGUAGCCUGGACACGCUACAACCAGAAAGACCAACUCUACCUCCACAUUGGUCUGAAGCCACGGGUCAAAGAGCACUACCGUGCCAACAAGGUCAACUUGUGGUUGGAGCUCGUUCCUCAUCUGCACAGCCUCAACGAAGUCACACAGCUCAUCCCUACAACCACCAAGAUCCCGCCACCUGAGGUUAACAACCGCACCCCUAGGACCAAGGUACCGGUGACCAAGCGUCCUAAUCCGACUCCGUUCCCCACUGAAACACAGGACAGCCACAACCAGCCACAUCUGGUGGACCAGCGGGACUACUCCACUGAGUUGUCGGUGACUAUUGCUGUUGGGGCCUCACUGCUCUUCCUCAACAUCCUGGCCUUUGCCGCCCUUUACUACAAAAAGGACAAGCGCCGGCAUGAUGUCCACAGGCGCUGCAGCCCACAGCGGAGCGCUGCCAAUGACCUGGCUCACACUCAGGAGGAGGAGAUCAUGUCCCUGCAGAUGAAGCAGCACUCGGACCUGGACCGGGACUGCAGGGGGGUGGGAGACUCCCUGCAUCCGCACGACAUGGUGCUGAGGACUGCCUGCCCGCCGGACUACACUCUGGCCAUGAGGCGCUCGCCAGAUGACAUCCCUCUCAUGACGCCAAACACCAUAACCAUGAUCCCCAGCACCAUGGGGGGCCUCACCUCGCUCCAUUCUUUCAACACCUUCCCCGGCAGCGGGCAGAAUAACACCCUGCCCCAUCCACACCCACACUCACACUCCACCACCCGGGUAUAG